AUGAUCGCCGCCACCCUCAUGCCAUUCUUCAUCAUCAUGUGCGAGCUCUUCAACGGUAUCCUCCGUCCGCAAUCCCAGAUGCCUGCCUUCUGGAAGUACACCAUGUACUAUGUUACACCGUUUACGUAUUGGAUUGGUGAGGUGCUCACCUCCGUCCUUCGUGGUACCCCUGUUGUUUACUCCCAGUCUGAAUUGGCUAUCUUUGAGAGUCCACCCAAUACUACUUGCAGCGAAUACGCGAAUGCGUGGCUUGAUGCGAAGGCCGUUGGCCUUGGUGAUGAUUACUUGGCUGGAAUCGGUCUGGACUCUUCGAAGAUCUGGCCAUAUCUCGGUAUCUUCCUUGCUUUUACAGUUGCGAACUACUUGCUGGUUUACAUGCGGUUUGUUAUGACGUUGUUUUGGCAGUCGAUGUAG